AUGUCUUUGCAUUACGACAAGUUCAUCUUGUUUGGUGAUUCCAUAACGCAAUUCUCCAGUGCAGAGCCCAACGGGUUCCAGUCAGGUCUCCAGAAUUUAUACAUGAGAAAGCUUGAUGUUCUCAACCGAGGAUUCAGUGGCUACAACUCAGACCAUGCUGCGUUGAUAUUGCCCCGCAUCUUGGAACAGGAGCUCAACGUGAACAAGAAUAAUGUCAAGUUGAUCACAAUAUUUAUAGGCACAAACGAUGCCUUCCAAAUAGAAGACGAUAUCAACAACAUCCAGGCUGUGCCGGUAGAAAGAUAUAAGCAGAACUUGUCAAAGAUGACAAAAUUAUGUCUUGAAAACAAUAUAAAGCCCAUUAUCAUUGGUCCAACAUUGCAUGAUAGCAAACUUUCAAAGUCCUUGCUUGUUGAAAAAGGAAGGCCAACCAAUAAAGAUGCAACUACAAAUAGUAGAAAUCUCCAAUACUCCAACACUGCAAAAGCUGUAGCCGAGGAGUUUGCUGUAGCAUUUGUAGACUUGUGGGACGCUUUCAGACAAUAUGGGGGUUGGUCCGAGGAACAGUUGUUGAAGUCAAACGGAACUGUAGAUUCACAACAUUAUGUCCACUUGGAUGAGUUGCUUGUAGAUGGAAUUCAUUUUUCACCUACCGCCUAUAGCAUAUUUCGUGAUAAAGUCGUGGAAAGUAUUCUGAAAUACUAUCCUGAACUUAGUGCUGACAGCAUUCCCGAGAAACUAGCCUACUGGCAUGAUAUUAAUCCAAAGGAUCUCGUUGGAAGCAUUUUCAAGUGA